AUAGCUGCAGUUAAGGUGGAAUGCAGACCUAUUGUUCCUCUGUAUGCUGGUAGACUUAUAAAUGUGGAUCAACAGUCUCCUGAAUUCAGUCCUACAUUUCAAGUAAGUCUUGGACUUUUUAGCUAUGACUAAAACAGGAAAUCUCAAACCUGUACUGGGAGAGGGCCGCAAAUAUAAAAGACACACCAAGGGAACAUACAUUGGACUUGUUGCGUAUGUUAUUCAAGAUUCUCCUAAUAAGAUGCUCACCUUCAAACAGAUUAUGAAGAAACUGGGCAUGUUUGUCACUGGGGAUAAGAAAGGUCUCGAAAACAACACCAGAGUCUGUCUGUCAUCCAACAAGUGCUUUGUAAAGGUUCCAAUUGAUCCGGAGUUUCCAAAUGCCAAGAGGAACUUUUGGAGAGUGGAUGAGAGCAACAUCACCCCGAAGAUGCUGCGCAGACAUUUCAGUGAUAUGGCUGAGCUUUUCCCAGGGCUGCCACACGCAUGGGACAGAAAACCAGCACCUCCACAUGUCCCCUCUUCACCAGUCUGUCCUGUGCAGAUGGAGGACCUUCCGAUCAAAUUUACCGGCCCUUUUUCAAUCGAGUCGCUUUUAAAGAAGGAUCAUCUCAAUGUCAAUGCGCAACAACCAAUCCAGACUGCGUCCAACAGUAACCUCUACAGUUCAGAUCAAUUUUACAACAGAACAACGAGCGCAGAUUCACUUCCAUGUUCAGACCGAGAGAACAGACAAGACAACUUGUAUUACACAUACAGAUCAAUAGAGGAAGCUAACUGGAGGAAGCCUGUACAGAGGAUGGAUUUAUCUCCUGAGCUGCAUCAUGUACUGGUUUAUUCACCACACCUUCCUUAUGAUCAGACUCUACUCACUAAAGUGUGGAGCUGUCCAACAAACACACAAGAGCUCAGAUAUAUCAGAUGGUAAAUAACAAGACU